CUCUCCGUUGCACUCGUGAAGAUCUUCAUUUCCGACACUCACACACGAUUCUUCUGCAGGUUUCUCUACCUCUUAUCUUCUCUUUUUUAUUGAUCAUUGUUCUUUAAAUUUUUUUUAUGGAAAAAAUAUAAGGUCUUGCCCAGCGCUUGAUUCUUCUCCAUUUUCUACUAUUUUCUCGCCAUUUUCUCAUCAUCCAAACACCCCCCACCUCCAAGCUAGCUAUGCUUCCUGGUUUGGGAUUUCCGAUGAAUCUUGGCCGCGUAAUGGAAUCCUCUGAUAGUAAUCGGAAGGUCCUCAGUGAAGUGGACUUUUUCUCUAACCCAAGCAAGUCGUCGUCUUCUUCAGCACCACCAGCUCAUGAAAUUCAUCAUCAUCACCAACAUCAAGACGUUCAAACCCUUACCAAUAUCUCUGUCAAGAAGGAGAUUUCUCAGACUCAACCAGUUUCUAGGUCUAAUUUGGAUAUGAAUAUUGGUUUGCAACUGCAUACUGGUAAUACCAGGAGUGAUCAGUCUACAGUGGAUGAUCAUGCCGUCUCGUCAGAAGCAGAUGAUAAGCGAGGCAAGAGCAACGAGUUGAAACAACUGCGAGAAGAGCUUCAGCGAAUGGAUAAAGAAAACCAGAAUCUGAAAGAGACGCUGAGCCACAUGAGCAGUAACUACACGGCCCUACAAAUGCAUCUCGCCGCAUUAAUCCAACAGAGACAACACAACCAACAAGCCCAGACCACACGACACGAUCAUCAGGUUGUUGGAAAAGGUGAGGAGAUCAAAAAACAGGUUGCGAGGCAGUUUCUUGAGCUUGGAGGAGCUAGUGGUGGCGAAGCAGAAGCUGAGGUUGAUGAUGAAGUAUCCAAUUCUUGUUCAGAUGAAAGAACUCAAUCUGCUUCACCUCAUCAGAACAACAAUAGCGGUAAAAGUCAUGAGAGGGGCAGGGAAGAGAGUCCAGAUUCAGAAUUACAAAAAGCUUAUAAGCUUCAGAAACUGAACAAUAAUCACCUUUCUUCAAACCCCAUGGAUCAAUCCACUGCUACUACAACAGAAGCCACCAUGAGAAAAGCUCGCGUCUCAGUUCGCGCCAGAUCAGAAGCUCCCAUGAUCAGUGAUGGUUGUCAAUGGCGAAAAUAUGGACAAAAAAUGGCCAAAGGAAACCCAUGUCCUCGUGCUUAUUACAGAUGCACCAUGGCCGUUGGUUGUCCUGUUCGUAAACAAGUUCAGCGUUGCGCAGAAGACAGAAGCAUAUUGGUAACAACGUAUGAAGGGAAUCAUAACCAUCCAUUGCCUCCGGCAGCCAUGGCGAUGGCUUCGACGACGAGUGCAGCUGCAGGCAUGUUGCUGUCCGGUUCAAUGUCGAGUCCAGAAGGGAUGAUGAAGAUGAACCCUAUGUUAGCGAGAGCCAUUCUUAACCCCUCUUGCUUUCCAACCAUGGCUACUCUUUCUGCUUCGGCACCUUUCCCUACUGUAACAUUGGACCUCACUCACAACAACAACAACAACAACGUCGCGAUGCAGUUUCAACGUUCUUCUACGACGCCGCUUCAGAUGAUUCCAUCACUGUAUAACCAUUCCAAGUUUUCUGGCCUUCAGUUGUCACAGGAUAGGCCAGUUCAGCAGUCCGACGCCGUCGGAAACGCAGCCUCGGCGAUCACUGCUGACCCGAACUUCACGGCGGCUCUUGCGGCUGCUAUCUCUUCCAUCAUCCGUGGUAAUGAUCACCAGAACAAUAGUGGAGGCACUAGCAGCAAUCCUCAUAUCCUAAAUAGUACUUCAAUCAGCAGCUUUUCUGGGAAUUAAUUUAAAUUGUAGCCUUCUCUCUCUCUGUCUCCUCUCUCUCUCAAUCAAUCAUAAAUUGAAUUUCAAUUUUUUCAUCAUAGGGAGGAUUAAGAUCUGAGAAACGAAAAGCUGUUUCAUUGUAUUCUUUCUUUCAUUGUUUCGUUUGGAAUAGUCCUUGUUCCAAAUUUUCUUAGUAAAUAGAUUAAAAGAAAAAUAAAAUUCCAUCAAUGUGUUAUCUGUU